UGGGUGUACGACAAUUUGGGAGGGUCUGGCAAGUGUCGCUUGUGCAACCCCCGCUACACACAGAACUAACUUUCAACAUGAGCGUUCAGGCCGCUCCACCGAGCUAUGCGGAAGCCACAGCAGGGGACAAGGAGCAUGUAGGGGGGACAGUGUUCAUGCCCUCCUAUGGUGCCAACGGGUUGCCACCCAUGUCACCACCGUCUGUCCCCUGCCAUGCCAGUUGGACCUACAUGCACCCUCGGCCCCACCCAGGCUACACCAACCACUGCCCGUCAGAUAUUUCCUCCCACUUAUCUGAUCCCAGCACAAGCAGCUUAGAUGGAAACAAUUGGGAGGAUAAAAACAUCCGCCGCAUGUUCAUACGCAAGGUGUUCUGCAUUCUGAUGGUCCAGCUGUUUGUGACUUUUGGUAUUGUGGCUCUCUUUACAUUUUGUGAGCCAGUCCGACAGUACGUACAGUACAACAGAAUCCUCUACCUAGCAUCCUACAUCACCUUCAUGGGAACAUAUCUGGUGCUUGUCUGCAGCACUAGUGCCCGACGACAGUACCCCACAAACCUCAUUCUUCUGAGUAUCUUUACAUUAGCUAUGUCCUACAUGGCAGGGAUGCUGGCCAGCUACCACAACACUAAAGUGGUGAUGCUUUGCAUUGGUAUCACUGCCCUAGUGUGUCUGUUCAUCACACUGUUCUGUUUCCAAACUAAGUUUGAUUUGACAUCUUGCCAUGGUCUGCUGUUCUCUUUCAUGAUGGUGCUCAUGAUAACAGGGCUACUGCUCCUGUUUACUGUUCCCUUUGGUUAUAUUCCUUGGUUGCAGACCAUGUAUGCUGGACUUGGCGCCCUGGUGUUCACAUUGUUCCUGGCGUUUGAUGUGCAACUGUUGAUGGGAAACAGACGUUACUCUCUAAGCCCAGAGGAACAUGUGUUUGGAGCCUUGUGUCUCUACAUGGAUGUGGUCUACAUAUUUUUCUUUCUCUUACAGCUUUUUGGCAGUCAGGAAUGAGCAGAACCUCAGUGAAGUGUUUUUGUUUCAAUGGCAUCCCAAGCAGAUGAAAAACUGACAUACAUUUUCACACAUUUACAGACACACAAGAUCACAUUCUGAACCUUAAAGAAAAAGUGACAUGCACAUUUAAUUUGUGAAAUUAUGAGCUUUAUUUAAAUUUCUGGAUUUCAGGGUAAAGACAAAUUGAUUAUGUGAAGACAACUUGAAUACUGUGGUAUUUAACCCUUUAUGGCUACUAGUAUUGAAACAGAGACGUAUGCGUUUCUCUGCCUCUGACCUCACAGAAAUUGUCUUACACUGAUAACAUGCACACACAUACUUAAGUUGUCUCCUGCAAUAUUAUACUCUAUGUUUCAUGUUACCUCCUUCAUGUGAAUCACCUACUGGUGAUUGAGCAAUGCCACCCAACUGUGGUGGUAGAGGCAAACACAACUGCCUUUUUAUAGAGGUGGUGUGUUGUAGGGCAGUACUUUCAAUUGUUUAAUCUCUUUUCCAUCAGCUGUGGACCCAAUGUAAUGAGUAGCUAGCUAGCUAGCUACAAGUGUAAGAUGAGUCUGUCUGUGAUGCAACACUGACUUAAAGGAUCCCAUAUAUGUUUAAGUCAUGAAAUUGGCAUAUAUGUUUGUUUUGCGAUGUUGUGUUAGUUUUUGGUAUUGGUACUGUAUGCAACUUUUCUCAUCCUUGUUAUUGCUUUAUACACCUACCAGAAGACUACAGUGCAUGCUUUUAACGUUGAUGUACAUUCACGUUAUGGUACAAUCCACUUUGACGCUAUGUUAUCUGACAAUUCUACCCAAUCAGCUAUUUUAAGGUAUUUAUAUUAAAAAACAAGGUUCAGAUAUUACAUUUAUGUAAGCUAUGGACAAAUUGAGACAUUCACUAUUUUCUAAGUUUUACAUUAUGUGGACCUACGAUAGAAGUACUUUGCGAGCCAUCAUUGUUAUGGUAACAACAUGAGUGCUUAUUCAGGUGCUGUUUACCAGCAUUUUAAACCAUUAUUACAAUAUUGUGUUUCUAAGUUUUAAACAUUCAAUACGUUUUUUAUAAGAUAUGUUGUUUUAAUGUUGGUUAUUAUUACAAACAACAAUCAAUAAUUGAUCUAUGUUCACUAAUGACCAAUUUUCUUCUCACAAAUUUGAUUAUUUUGAUAGAUAUUAUAAAUAUUUAUUUUUCCUGUGGUUUACACUAUGUAAUGCACUUAUACUCAAUGAGAGAAAUCCCAAAAUAAUUAGAUGGUUGGCUAUGAUAUAUGUAUGAUAAAUAAGUAGGUAUAUUAGUAAUGUGCUUUGUGUGUUGUGUCUCUGUUAAGAGAGCCUGUAUGAGAGUAUGAUCUCAUAUUUUUUGCAUUAAGGGAUUCUGUCACAGAUGCCCUUCUAAAACCCAUAAUUUACUAUUUUAGGUUGGAUUUGAUCCCUCAACCUGAAUAGUAAAAAAUGAAAAAACAAAACAAAUCUAUACUCUGUUUUGUGAGAUUUUAUUUUUCUGUUUAUUUAUUAAAUAAAGUAAGAUUGUGAAUGUU